UAUGGCUAAAAGGGCUCAGCGCGUCGCAUUUGCAUUUCGUCAUAAUUCAUGGCCGCACUUGUUUUUGAGGCAUCAACGCUGAGUAAUGUUGUAGUCACAUGGUUUCACUACUGAAACGGUAAAAGGAUCUGACCCUGCUAUACGAGGAUGACAGGGGGCUUAAAGGGGCUGCUGCUUCUCUCUCUGUGUCUGGUGGUGUGGACAGUGCCAAUUGAACGCAACGCAGAUCCCCCUCAGGAGAAAACGGAGGAGAAUGCGGACACUGGUCUGUACUAUGAUCGCUACCUGAGGGAAGUGAUUGAGGUGCUGGAGACAGACCCUCACUUCAGAGAAAAACUCCAGACAGCCAACACAGAGGAUAUUAAGAAUGGACAUCUCAGUAAGGAGUUAGAUUUGGUGGGUCACCACGUAAGGACCCGACUGGAUGAGCUAAAGAGACAGGAGGUUUCACGCCUCAGGAUGCUGCUGAAGGCUAAAUUGGACAGCACCAAUACACAGAGUGUUCAGAUGGAUCAUGCCUCUUUGUUAAAGCAGUUUGAACAUCUGGAUCCUCACAAUCAGAGCACCUUUGAGGCCAAAGACCUGGAGUUACUUAUUGCCACGGCCACUAAAGACCUGGAGAAUUAUGAUGCAGAGCGUCAUGAAGAGUUUAAGCGGUAUGAGAUGAUGAAGGAACACGAGCGGAGGGAGUACCUAAAAAGUUUGGACCAGGAGAAGAGAGAAAAGGAGGAAAGGAGAAUUGAGGAGCUUAAAGAAAAGCACCGGCAACAUCCUAAAGUUCAUGCUCCGGGAAGUGAGGAUCAGUUACGUGAGGUUUGGGAGGAGACAGAUGGGUUGGAUCCACAGGAGUUUAAUUCCAAGACUUUCUUUAAGCUGCAUGACACAAAUGGCGAUGGUGUGUUGGAUGAGCAAGAGCUGGAGGCCCUUUUCACAAAAGAGUUGGAAAAGGUAUACAAUCCAAAGAAUGAAGAGGAUGACAUGAUGGAAAUGGAGGAAGAGAGGCUGAGAAUGCGAGAACAUGUCAUGCAAAACGUAGAUAUCAAUCGUGAUAGGCUGGUCAGCCUGGAGGAGUUUCUCAAAUCAACGGAGAAGAAAGAGUUUAACAACGCAAAGGAAUGGGAGAUGCUAGAUGACACAAAGCCAGUGUACACGGAAGAGGAACUGCAGCGCUUUGAAGCAGAACUUCAGGAUAAGGAGGUUGAGCUUGGCAGAAGGGCAGAGAAAUUAAGACAGGAGCAGGAAAUUCUCAAAGAGAGAAGCAAAGCACUGGAGGCCCAGAAAAGAGAAUAUCAGCAGGCUGUAAUGGAGAUGUCACAAAAACAAAAGGAGCAACAGGCAGUUAACAGACAACCUCCCUCUGGGCCUAAUGACGAACUCCUGUUUCAACAAGAGAUCCAGAAACUAACAAAUGAAGACAGUCCAGUGGUUAAAGUCCCUAUUGAUCAGAAUGGAGAUGUUCAGAGUAAGCUGCCAGCUGAGCCACCACAGAAUUUGCCUCACCACACCCAAUAACACACUUCUAUGUGCUUUUAAUACAAAAGGACUUCGAAACAUUAUAGCAUACUCACCUCAGUAUGCACUCCCUAAAUCACACACUUUCAUGUUGACUUCUGCUUUAUCCUCUGCUUUAUCCUCUGCAACCAAAAUCUGCUCAGAUCCGUAAACCUGUGGCAACCUUAUAAGCCGUGAAAAUGCUACGCCUAGGAUCUUGUAUGCUUACACGUAUUUGGUACAGUGGAAAUCAUUUUAACCAUUUAGCUAAAAGUCCUUACAUUUGCCCUGGUUUCAUUAUUAAGGUUUUCUGUUUUUAUUUGCUUUUUAAUGCAACAGAGAAACCCAAUAAGGCAGCAGCAUGUUUCUUGAACAAUAUGGUUCUUCCCUGUGUAUUACAUGUUUCUCUGAUAUGAGGUUUACUGAUAGAGGAGCACAUAUUCAUAAACCAAACAUACAGUAUGGACCUUAUUCAGAGUGGCGACAAAUUACAUUUUUGACAGGAAAACGAGUCUGUGAGGGAUAAAUUUACAGUCUCUUCAAUGUGUUGUACUAUUGUUUAAAUUGGAAUCUUUCUAAAAAAAAAAAUUCAGUAGACCAAAACUUUUGAAAAUAGUUGUGGGCUGGUUUGAGUAUUUCUGUGACUUCUGAUCUCCUGGGGUUUUCACACACAACAGUCUCAGGUCAAUGGAAAAUGACCAGACUGAUUCGAGCUGACAGAAAGGCUACGGUAACUCAUAUAACCGCUCUGUACUAUUGUAGUGAGCAGAAUAGCACCUCUGAAUUCACAACACGUCGAACCACAAGGCAGAUGGGCUACAACAGCAAAAUACCAUAUCGGGUUCCACUUCUGUCAGCCAAGAACAGAAAAAAACUGAGGCUGCAGUGGGCCUACCAUUUGUGCACCUCAGCAGAAAUCCAGAUUUGCCAGACCAGGUGAUGUUUUUCCAAUCAUGUACUGUCCAGUUUUUGUGAGCUUGUGUCCACUGCAGCCUCAGUUUCCAGUUUUAUGCUGACACUAGUGGUACCCGAAGGGAUCUGCUGCUGCUGUAGUCCAUUCACCUCAAUGUUCAAAUUGUUGUAUGUUCAGAAAUGAUUUUUGACAUAGAACUGUUGUAACAGGGUUAUUUGGGUUACUGUCACCUUCCUGUCAGCUUGGCCAUUCUCCUCUGCCAUCAACAAGGCAUUUUCGUCUACAGAAUUGCCGCUCACUAGAUGUUUUUUGCACCAUUCUCUUUACUAUCUAGAGACUGUUGUGUGUGUGAAAAUCCCAGGAGAUCAGCAGUCUGGCACCAACAAUCAUGCCAUAUUCAAAAUCACUGAGAUCACAUUUUCCCCCAUUCUGAUGGUUGAUGUUAACAUUAACUGAAGCUCCUGACCCGUAUCUGCAUGAUUUUAUACAUUACACUGCUGCCACACAAUUGGCUGAUUAGACAGUCGCCUGAAAAAGUAGAUGUACUGGUGUAUCUAAUAAAUUGGCCGGUGUGUGUGUGUGUGUGUGUGUGUGUGUGUGUGUGUGUGUGUGUGUGUGUGUGUGUGUGUGUGUGUGUAUGUAUGUAUGUAUGUAUGUAUGUAUGUAUGUAUGUAUGUAUGUAUAUAUAUAUAUAUAUAUAUAUAUAUAUAUAUAUUAGUGCUGCUCUGAAUAAGGUCUGUUAUUCAGAAACCACAAUGUGCAAUGAAUCUUCUUUAUAUUCUUGAUGUAAUACAACAUCACAAUUAUUUUAUGACAGUAUUGUAUUUCUCUCAUUUAAUACAUUAUUUUGAAAUGUUAUCAUGGCACAUUUUAAAUACUGAUAACUACAUCAGUUUAAGUUGUUUAAAUAACGUGGUUCCCUUGAUAUAAUGAAUACCUUGAAAUAAUGCUUUACAAAUAUCAUAUCAUAAAUAUCAGGCUGCAGUGUGAUAUUAUAAAACUGUGAUUGCAAUAAAUAUGAUCAAGUGUAUAAUGACACACAUAGGAUAACUCAGCCCAUAUGUCUCUUUAAGUUUUUUUUUUUUGGUCCAAAUGUCACUAUCUGCAGUUCUGCAUUUCUCUUUACACAAGUCAAUAAAUUUUUCUCACUACAGUCUCAACACUCCAAAUAUUUUUUGACAGUGUUGUGAUAGUGACAUUCUUCAGCAGUAUUUACUGAUUUGCAUUGAGUGUAGUUUGCUCACACUCCUUGCCACAUGGCACAUACUUGCUGUAAAUUUAAUUCCAAUUCUGUCAGACACUCCCUAACCCCAGUGACCUUGUUACUCCACCUAUUAUGUGACAGCUGUCACCUUUCAAUUACAUUCACGUGAUGCUGCCAUGGGAAUUUAAAUAUUUUUCUUACACCCAAACAUAAGCAUGGAACUCUGAAACUAAUGUUGUCCACAUAUUAAACUGUUCUCACAUAAAUUGUUUUCCUUAACUUGUAUACAGGGUUUUUGCUAACGAGAGACCGAUCAUAUCAGACUAGCCGAUUUGUGGGCUGAUCGUUAGCCAUUUUGAGAUUAUCAGCUUCAACCAAUAACAUGCCUGUCUAGCCAAUUAACAGAAGUGGUUGUUGUGUGUG